CACAAUGAAAUUCUGAAAGAUGAACGAUCAUGUUCUGAAAGAGAGAAAACUUUUAAUGUGCUAUCAAGUGUUGCUAAAAAUCAGACAAAUGACACAGGAGAGAAGCCAUAUUCAUGUUCAGAAUGUGGAAAGUGUUUUCGUCAGAAAUCACAUCUUGUUGAACAUCAGAAAACUCACACAAGGGAGAAGCCAUUUUCAUGUUUAGAAUGUGGGAAAUGUUUUAGUCGGAAAUCAAAUCUUGUUGAACAUCAGAAAACUCACACAGGAGAGAAGCCAUUUUCAUGUUCGGAAUGUGGGAAGAGGUUUAGGAGUCAACAUUAUCUUAAGAUACACCUAAGAACUCAUACUGGGGAGCAGCAAUAUUCAUGUUCAGAAUGUGGGAAAUGUUCUAGUGAUAAAUCAAGUCUUGUGAAACAUCAGAGAAUUCACACAGGAGAGAAUCCAUAUUCAUGUUCAGAAUGUGGGAAGUUUUUUCGUCAGAAAUCACAUCUUGUGAGACAUCAGAGAAUUCACACAGGGGAGAAGCCAUUUUCAUGUUUAGAAUGUGGGAAAUGUUUUAGUCGGAAAUCACAUCUUGCUGAACAUCAAAAAACUCACACAGGAGAGAAGCCAUUUUCAUGUUCGGAAUGUGGGAAAUGUUUUAGUAACAAAUCAAUUCUUGAGGUACAUCAGAGAAUUCACACCGGGGUUAAGCCAUUUUCAUGCCCUGAAUGUGGGAAAUAUUUUAAUCAGAAAUCAGAUCUUGUGAAACAUCUGAAAAUUUACACCGGGGAGAAGCCAUUUCCAUGUCCUGAAUGUGAAAAGUGUUUUAAUUCGAAAGCACAGCUUGAUAUACAUCUGAGAACUCACACAGGAGAGAAGCCAUAUUCGUGUCCUGAAUGUGAGAAAUGUUUUAGUACUAAAUCAAGUCUUGUGCAACAUCAGAGAAUUCACACAGGAGAGAAGCCAUAUUCGUGUCCCGAAUGUGAGAAAUGUUUUAGUAAUAAAUCAAGUCUUGUGCAACAUCAGAGAAUUCACACAGGAGAGAAGCCAUAUUCGUGUCCUGAAUGUGAGAAGUGUUUUAAUAACAAAUCAAGUCUUGUGCAACAUCAGAGAAUUCAUACCGGAGAGAAGCCAUAUUCAUGUCAUGAAUGUGGGAAAUAUUUUAAUGAAAAAUCUAAUCUUGAUUCACAUCUGAGAAAUCACACAAAAACUCACACAGGCAAAAAGCCAUUUUUAUGCACUGAAUGUGGAAAGUGUUUUAGUGAGAAAUCAAGUUUUGUGAGACACCUGAGAAUUCACACAGAAGAGAAGCCUAUUUAAUAUACAGAAUGUGGGAAAUGCUUUGGCUGUAAAUUAAAGGUGUUGUCCGGUCUUUUAACCCCUUCAUGUAUUAUGAUGUAACUGUA